AUGAAUAUCUUCAGAUUUAGAUCUAGCUCAAAUGCUGCUGCAAGCACACCAGAAAUUGCCGUUGAUCAUGGACCAGUUACAUACAAAGCGCUUUUAACACCACCCUCAGACUAUGAACCUGUUCUGAAUGCACCUUUGAAUGAAGAACAACAAGAAAAGAUAAACAGGCUACUAUCUCAUAUAGAAUCAAUCAUGCUUCCAAAAGACGAUCCUUAUUAUCCCAACGAAAGAGGCUUUGUAACUGAAGGAACAGUGCAUCGAUAUAUGAGGGCUAGAAAAUGGGACUACGAAGCUGCGAAAACAAUGCUGGAAAACACAAUAAAGUGGAGAAGAGAAUUCAAGCCUGAUCAAAUAGAUCCCAACUAUGUUCGUGCAGAGGCCGAAACGGGCAAAAUGUAUUUCAGUGGUUUUGACAAAACUGGCCGUCCCUUGUGGAUCAUGAAACCCCGACAUGAGAAUUCGAAAGAUUCAGAGAGACAAGUCAAGCAUAUUGUAUUUUGUCUGGAAAGAGGGAUCCGUUUGAUGCCUCAAAACGUAGAAAAGAUUUCUAUCGUAGUCGAUUUCAAGGAUUCGACAGCAUCCAAUAAUGCUGGCGUCAGUACAUGCAAGAAGUUUUUGGAUAUAUUGGGCAAUCAUUAUCCAGAAAGAUUGGGUAUUGCAUUUUUAGUGAAUGCGCCUUGGUUCUUUCUUGCUACAUUCAAAAUUAUAUCACCGUUCAUGGACCCUGUAACGAGAAACAAAAUUAAAUUCAUCAAUCCUGCCGGCUCUAAUCCAAACACUAAUACCACCGCAAACAGUAGCCAAAUUAACAUGGAGGAUAUGAUAUCGGCUGAUCAAAUGGAAAUUUCUUUGGGUGGAAAAUACAAUUUUGCUUUUGAUCCAAACGUUUAUUGGGCAGACUUGCUAAAAAUAACCGGUGAUCCUUACCAAGUGAUAGAGUACAAUUAA